ACGCGAUUCCUUCUCCCAGCAAAGUACGAACGUACGCCGAGGUACCAGCAUUAGAACAGCCUGACUAGUGUCCGUACGGAUCUUCAGAAUGGCGGUCAAAUUCAUGCUUUUGGUGUCUCGACAAGGCAAGAUACGCUUGACAAAAUGGUUCACAUCAGACUGGACAGCCAAAGAAAAGGCAAAGACUGUAAAAGACGUCAGUCAAACAGUUUUGGGACGAAAAACCAAAAUGUGCAACGUUCUCGAGUACAAAGAUUUUAAGGUCGUUUACAGAAGAUAUGCGAGUUUAUUCUUCAUAGCCGGAACCGACUUGGAUGAUAAUGAAUUGUUGACACUGGAAAUUAUUCACCGAUACGUGGAGGUGCUGGAUAAAUGGUUCCUCAACGUGUGCGAGCUUGAUAUCAUAUUCAACUUCCAGCAGGCGUACAUGAUUAUCGAUGAGCUGUUAAUUGGGGGGGAGCUUCAGGAAUCAAGUAAACGAUCUGUGAUAAAUACCCUCAAACGUAUGGAAGAGACCGAAAAGCAAGAAGCAGCAAGUGCCUAGCCAGCAGGGCGGUCAUAUAUCGACCAUCACCAAUGACACUUUUUUGUUGAACGUCUAGAGCAAUAUUUUAUUCUUGGCUGAUAACAAAAUUUGUGGCAAGACGCUGAACCGGCAGGGCGUGGUUCGCCCCUCGCCACUCUUUAAACAGUACUUGCGCUAAAAGCGUCUAUAAAGAGGCCAUAAAUCGUUUAUUCCCUCAACUAAAUUCUAUUGAUCCAUUGACCCUCGU